AUGGCACCAGCCACGGGGCCCGAUCCCGCGAGCUACGGCCUCGAGCGCAUCGACGUGGUCCUCGAUAACGCCAACGGAGUGUUUGUAGCCGGGAAAACGGUCACCGGGUGCGUCCGGCUGAGGCUGCGGGCGCCGAUCGAUGCUCUAGGGAUUUGCGUGAGGUGCAAGGGGGAAGCGCGAGUGCGCUUCACCGACCGGUCAGCCGGCAUCCGGCGAAAAUUCGCAGCCGAGGAGGGCUACUUGCACCUCGAGCCCUAUAUCUUUGGCGACGGUGAGUCGUCGAGCCGGGUCGAGGUGACCGGUAGCUGUGACUACUCCUUCAGCCUCGAGUUACCUGAUAAGGUGCCAUGUAGCUUCGAGGGACUGUACGGUAGGAUUCGCUACUCUAUAAGGGCCAGCCUCGUCGUGGCUCGGGACGUCGUCUUUCACUCGCAAGUGCUGCCCUUCAGCCUCGUCUCGACGGUCGAUCUCAAUCGGGACUCUCUGGCGCCGCUACCGAUCAGCGAGAGCCAGACGAAAAGGUUCAUCGGUCAAAGGGAGCCCCUGUGGAUGGAGCUGUCGCUGCCCGUGCGCGGCUUCGUGCCGGGCCAAACCGUCCCCUUGCUGAUCAGCCUGAAGAACGAGUCCAACGUGCGCGUCGCCAAGAUACGCAUAGUCCUCAAAAAGGUGGCGACGUACCACGUGAAGGAGGUGAGCAAGUCGAGGCGGCACAAGGAGAUCGUCGUGGAGAUCGAGUUGCCGGUCGAGGGCAGGGAGCAAACGAUCAGGGAGUACCUGGACAUGCCCUCGGUGCCCCCGAGCGGCGCCAACUACUGCGGCAUCAUCGACGUGCGCUACGCCCUCAAGGUCGAGGCGUGCGUCGAUCUCGGCGAGUGGUACUACCGGAUGCUCCAGAAGAAUCCCAAGAUCCGGACGGAGAUUGUCAUUGGCACCGUGCCCCUCGACAACUACGAGGACCCGCUGGGCCGGCCCACCAGUGGCUCGACGCGUGAGUACAUACACACACACACACCGAGCGAGGAGCGGCUUUACGAAAGGAGCCAGACCUAUCGAUCCUCCAAGCCGGACAGGGACGACCCGACCGGGGACGAGGGAGACAGCGACGGCGAGAUCCAUCCUUACUCCCCGAUGUAUCGCGUGUACAAGUUCGAUAAAACCUCUAAAAACUCGUAA